AUGUCGACCUCGGGGAUUCCAAAGUCCAUGCUGGCGUGGCAGAAGCAUUUUGGGUCAACGGAACCGGCAUGUGCGAGAUUUCGCGCGGAGAAUGUUCUGACCCAUGGCAAUGGCUACCAGGUGCGUGUCGAAGUGCCGGUGCCGACCGCCCCGGAAGAUGGGCUCUUGGUGAAGGUUCUUGCUGCCGGAGUGUGCCACAGCGACGUACAUUUAUUGAAGUCGGAGACCAAGCCGUCAUACUAUUUGGACAAGUAUACCUUGGGCCACGAAGGCUGCGGAGAAGUAGUUUCGGUCGGUUCGUCCGCCACCAAGUUCAAACCCGGCAACCUGGUAUCUGUGCUGUCUGUUCCGGGGUGCGGCCAACCAACCUGUUAUGAAUGUAGCCACGGAGUGGCCCAGAUCUGCGAAGGCGGCGAACACUAUGGCAUUGGCCAUGAUGGCUCUUACGCACCAUAUGUUGCCAUCCGCGAACGGGCUGCUGUCAGACUGCCUCCUGGAGUCAGUCCCGCUGUUGGUGCAGUGGCCACCGACGCGGUCAUGACGGCUUACCAGGCCGUUGUGGGCCGAGCCAAGGUCAAGAAGAGCGACACCGUCUUGCUGUAUGGGCUUGGGGGCCUGGGCUUUAAUGCCCUGCAGAUUGUCUUGGGCAUUGGAGCACGGGUCAUUGCCGUCGACCAACGACAGGCAGUGCUCGAUGAGGCUGUCAGGUAUGGGGUCAGGGAGGAGGACGUGGUACCGGUCGGGACGAAGAGUGUGAGCGAGUGGGUUGGCAAGAAGGGAUUGGCCGUGGACAGUGUGCUUGAUUUCGUGGGUGUGCCCGAUACCUUCAAAAAUGCACUGGAAAGCGUCCGCCCCGCAGGCACCGUUGUCCUGGUCGGCCUGAUGAAUCCCACCUUCACCUUCGAUGCGCUGGUCGCUCUCCGCAAACGGCUUGAUAUUCUCGGCAGCUUCGGUGGCACCUAUGCUGACCUGGAAGCCUGCUUGGACCUGAUCGCGAAAGGGGUCAUUGUGCCGCAGGUUGAGACGGCCAGCUUGGCGGAUUUUCCUCAAGUGCUGGCCGAUCUGGAUGCGGGCAAGGUGAAGAGCAGGAUUGCACUGAUUCCAGAAGGCAUAUGA